GGUAUGCUCCGAGAUCGGAGCUGCUGCUCCUAGCAUCCUUCAUCCUUAGGUACCAGCCAUCUGGACAGUGCUUAGCUGCAGAAACGGAGACCACUCCCCAAGGACCUCUGCUUUGACCCUCCAGUGACCUUCUCUGCAUCUGCUGCCAUUGCAGCAGAUAAUUUCAGUUGCAGGCCCCUGCAGGGUGGGGCACCUAUCUGAGGCAGGGUUUGGUGGCCCCCCCACUGACCCUACACCCCAGGCUGGUGCUGCUGCAGUCACUUCAGGAUGAAAGGGGAGACCCCUGUGAACAGCACUAUGAGUAUUGGCCAAGCACGCAAGAUGGUGGAACAGCUAAAGAUCGAGGCCAGUUUAUGCCGGAUCAAGGUGUCCAAAGCAGCAGCGGACCUGAUGACUUACUGUGAUGCCCACGCCUGUGAGGACCCCCUCAUCACUCCCGUGCCCACUUCGGAGAACCCCUUCCGGGAGAAGAAGUUCUUCUGUGCCCUCCUCUGAGGGGUCCUAUGCCUCCUCGGAAUUCCUCACCUCGCCCCCACCCCCGUCCACCCUUUGAUCGGAAAUUGUAGCAGCCCUUCCUACCCAACCCUCACCCCGGGAUUAUUGGAAGCACAAGGCCCUUCUUACCAUAACGACCCCACCUCCUCCCACUCCGAGGCUGACCAAGCACCUUUACUGCACCGGCGGAGGGACCCUGCCCGCCUCCCUCUGUGACCCGAUCAGGCAAAGGAGAGAGGGAUGCCUGGGUGCUUGCUCUCAGUCUCACCUGGAGCUACUGGAAGUGUAACGCCACUUGAAUAAAGUCAUCCAGAGCCUCAGAA